AUGCGUCCCAGGAAUCAUUCGCUUGUAUGCUAUACUCGAUCGCAUCGGUGAAGGAGACAUAUUGCAAACGGCUGUCCUUCUGCAGUUCUACCGCUGAUAUAGGCUGGUCCGAAGUUGGACGUUACAGUGAUCGGAGAGUACUUUCGCCGAGAGUCGCUCGUAGUGGGGGAGGCAGGACUUGAACCCUGGAACCCUAUGGGCCAUAUAUACUACGGGCUCAUGCAGCGCUCUUACUACUUGUGGUGUCAGCUUCUCGUGGAUUCUUCGCCGUACAGGAAACGCAUAGGAGACGGAAAUUGAUAAGAGUGACGUGAAGAUGAAGCUGCUAAUUUUGUGCACAUUAACUACUAUCGCAUUUGCUGCGCCUCCUCAAGGAUCGCGACGGAGUCUCCUCAAGGUACCGAGGGUGUAUAAUGCCGUGAUUACGAGCAAUCAGAAUCUAUCGCCGUCGCGAGCAUUCCCUGUGAUACAACCAAUCUUCCAUCGAACCGCCAUCGGCUACGUGCCACCGUUCUAUUAUACGCAGAUAGCAUCUCACUUUGUCGAGCCGGAAGUAGUGCAUUAUCCCCUGUUCGCCGCUGAUAAAGCGGUCAGGAACGACCAAGCGCAGACCUCUUCCUCAACGUCGCGCCUAGCCGAGUCGAUGAGCUUUGGUAUCGCAAAAGAACAUGAAGACACGGCUAUCACCGAUCGUGAGAAGGAAAACAAUCCGAAAAACGGUACGAAGAACUCUGCGAAGAAGAACGAGCAGGAGCCAUUGACCUUCUAUCCGAACUAUCGUUCCCUCUACUACGAGCCGUACAUCUAUACGUACAAUGGCUUCAACCCACAUCUCGUACCUGGCACUUACUACAUCAAUUACCAGCCUUACGAGUCUUUGGAACCAAUUCCAGCUACCACGCCGAGAAACAUCGAUUCCGAUCAUCUAUUACCAAGUUUCCACGACGAGAAGAGAACCCAUACGAAAAAUGACCGAGAAAAAAUACCAGAUGUACCACCGCAGCCUCUUCCGAUUUCCAUUCCAAAGAGAUCUUGAACUUUGCAAAGUGAAAAUA